AUGGAACAUUCCUUCGACGUUCAAGACUCCACCGACUGGCUGGAUACGCCGCUGUCGAUUGUGGCGCCGCUCGAAUCCUCGCUCCGUUGCCAGGUCUGCAAGGACUUCUUCAAUAAUCCCGUCAUUACAAGUUGCAGUCAUACCUUCUGCUCAUUAUGCAUUCGUCGCUGUUUGAGUGCUGAUAGCAAAUGCCCCGCCUGCCGAACAUCGGACCAAGAAACAAAGUUGCGCCGCAAUUGGGCCGUUCAGGAGCUGGUGGAAGCGUUUACAAACGCGCGGUCGAGUGUGUUGGAUCUUGCGAGGAAGGCUAGGGAUGCGGAUCGAGAUAGUGCGGAGGAGCACCUCAAUCAGCCUGCGUCAAAGAAGCGGAAGGUCGACAAUGCGGAGCCGGUGGAUGACGGCAAUGUGGCAGACGAAGGCUCGGAAGGGAGACAGACUCGGUCGAGGAGCAAGAGAAUAGAUUACAGUCAAGGAAGUCUGCCUGCGGUGGAAGUCAUUGAGGAUGGGCCAGAUGAAGAUUAUAUUCCGGAGGACGAGCUGGUUGCAUGUCCAAUCUGCAGUCGAAAAAUGAAAAACUCGGCAGUCUUUCAACAUCUUGACAGCUGCACAGGCAGCUCGGCACCUCCAGCAGCGCAAAAACAGGCCUCCUUUGGGUCCUUACAGCUCAAUUCGCAGGGUUCGCGCAGUAAAUCUAACGGCACUAUGGAUAAACCGCCGGAACGACUUCCCAUGAUAAAUUAUUCUCUAUUAAAGGAUAAUGUACUUCGGAAAAAGCUCAAAGAUCUGGGAAUACCAAACUGGGGCAAUCGGCCCCUCCUCCAAAGGCGCCAUACGGAAUGGAUGAACUUGUGGAAUGCGAACUGCGACUCAAAAGCACCCAAGACCAAGAGAGAUUUAUUACAUGAACUCGAUGUCUGGGAGAGAACACAGGGUGGCUGGGCUGCAUCUCCAUCGUCUUUUGAUCCUGGCAACAAGGUUAUGAACAAAGAUUUCGAUGGCGCAGCGUGGUCAUCUAGCCAUGGUGACGACUUCAAGCGAUUGAUCGCGAAUGCGCGGAAAAAGAGUGGUGCAGUCGUUCAAACAACAAAACCUCAGGCAUCAGCAGCCCCGGAACUGCCUGAAAGUAUCCCAGCGCCCCAGCAGAAUAUACAGGGCCCCAUUGCAAUAGGCGAGACACAGAAGCCAGCAGAGCUACUUUUGAACCCCCCGAGUAUAGAUGGUGCUGGGGCCGAUUUCCAAACAAAUUCGAGUCCCAGCAAUAGCCAGGAAAUUAAUGCCCAUCCUGGAUAG